AUGCCCCACAACGUGCCGAGAGGCGGGGAGCACAAGGGAGAAGAAGAAUCUUCACCCCGCCAAACGGUGCAGUCAACAGAAGAGAAGGACGGCCGGGACUGGGCAAUGGCAAUGACCCACGUGAAUUUGGCAUCCGUUGGAGAAAUCUCGGCAUCUCCGUCGUCUGUUGUUGGCAGUGCAACACGGCGCUUUGAUGAGCAGCUUUCGUUGAGAUCGGAGCCGUGGCACACCGCUGCUUAUGGGAUCGACUCAGGGCAACCUGGCUACUGGUUACCUGCCGUCGAACUCAUGGUUCACUACACUACCGACGCGUACCGCACGUUUUCCUACUCUCCUGAAACGACCGAAAGGCUACGGACCCUCGUGCCUCAGUUGGCGCUCUCUAGCGAGUUCCUGAUGCAUGAGCUUUUGGCGUUUUCUGCCCUCCACCUCGGCCAUGUCCACCUGGACCGACGGCAGGCAUAUCUUCACCAAGCCGCAUGGCACCAAGAUCGAGCAGUCGUAGGCUUACGGGAGGCGCUCGUCGAUACAUUAACCCCGGAAAACUGCAAGGCCAUAUAUGCCUCGUCAAUACUCGUCGUCAUUUGCGCAUUUGCCUCGCUUCCAAGCGGCCAAGACGGCAGUUCCAUCCCCCAAGCUUUUGAUCGUUUGGUCAACAUUUUCCCUCUUAUAACCGGCCUGGGUGCCAUCCUAUCGGCUUCAGACGCAGACAGCAGCCUACCGACCCUGAUAGGUCUUUUUGCUGGAUCAGACAAAAACACUCCGGGCUUACAUCAUCAUCAUCAUCAUCAUCAUCAUCAUGGCCUAUAUGAGCUCAUCGACCGACUUACCAGACUUCAAGGACAGCUGGCAAACCUAGAGCCGGUUCGGGAGACUACCCAUCAACGACAAGAGCCUCAGGGUAGUUCAGCCACACUGCUCGAGAGUUUCAAGGACUGCGUUCUUGAAGCUUCUCGUGCCUCGGCGAUUCUUGUCCCGGCAGAACUUCUUGCCGUGUUUCUUUGGGCACUGCGAGCCCCCAGAGCGUUUCCUGAGCUUGUCCGCAGAAACCAUCGUCCGGCUCUGAUUAUUCUUGCCUAUUACAGCGUACUGCUUUUUUACGCGUCAAAAAGCUUCUGGUUUCUGAGGGGAUGGGCAGAUGUCGUCGUGACCACUGUUGAGGAGAGGUUGAAAGGGUCCGUCUGGUCAACAUUGUUGGAAUGGCCUGCUUCUGUCAUACAACUGCGCCCUCUCUGCGCUGUGGAGCACCCAGCGCGCAUGGUGCACUGGCGUAACUGGGCUGGAAUCCGAGCCUUGUACUACCUCUUAUUAUUUCUAAUCCAACGCAAUGUUGCUCCAGCCGCCGCCUCUAGUGAAGUCGCAACAUUCCUGCCACGGGAACUCAGUGCAACUACCUUCGAUGCUGGGUCGCCCGUCACCCUGGAUAUAGAUGCACCGGUCGAGACCGAGCUUGAAGCAGCUGCUUGGUCAAUCAUUUUUACCUAUUCCAUGAUCUUCAACGCAAGAACCAUGAAGUUACUCAAUUCCUCAACCCCUGUCAAUGAGUUUUACAACGUUCGGGAUUUUCCAACAGUGGAAACCAACAGUGUUUCCGCGCCAAAUCUUGAUGUUCUCUACUCAUAUGGUGUUCUGGACUUGUCCCAAUCGGACGUAGUUCUCACCGUUCCUGAGAUUGAACAGAAACGAUUCUGGAGCUAUGUGGUUUAUGACUUGUAUGGAAAUGCUAUUGGCGAGAUCAGCAAUCUUCUUGGUCAUCAAGCUGGCAAGUAUCGUAUACUACGGGACUACGAUAAUCCAGUCGGGCUUUCCAACGACAAUGACUCCAACUACCAGGGAACCAUUCGAGUUUCAACAGCCUAUGCCACCAUUGCUGCCAGGCUUGGUAUCUUGGAAGUCACCGCGGAAGAUCUGAACACCCUCCGCUCUUACCAGGAUGCCAUGGCGCUCGUCAAAGUUGAAAUGACGGCCUCCAGCGCCGUACCGUCUUUGGAAAAGAUGGAGAUACCUGACUCCGUCUCUGGUGCCGACGAGCAAUUCAGGCUCGCAGCUAGGCUCUUCCCUUUCAACCCCCCACAGACCAUCUCGGACCGCGAGCGCGUUAGUGGAAUCCUAUCCCAAGCCGGUCUCAUCAACGGCACCUAUUUUCCUCAGACCGGUAUCGAUUUGGAAGAAGCAUCCACCAUCGCCAACAACUCUGUUACAGCAGCCAGUACAAGUCUUGCUAAUUUGGUGGAGCUCGGCAAGAACUGGACCAUACCAAAGCCUUCGUUCCAAGGCAACUUCGGGACCAAUUACGACAGUCUGGUGUCAAAGUCUGUCUACUACCUACAGACUCAAGCGCUCGCUGUACUACCCGACGGACUUUUGAGUGGCACCGUCAGCUUCAAUACCAGCACGUCCGUAUUGAUCACCUUCGAUUCCAAGCCAUCCAUCAUUGGGUCCGGUUUCUGGAAUAUCGGAACCUAUGAUGAUAAUCUACAGCUUGUCCCAAACGAGCUUGGCAGAUACGCAAUUGGUUCCAAUUCGCCAGACAUUCAAUAUGUCAACGGCGGGCAGGUUUAUGGGUCCAAUGCCACUUUAGGGGACGGUGCUUUCCAGAUCCUAUUGCAAGUCGCAAACCUGCCUCCGCCAGCGAACUGGACUGGAAAUUGGUUACCUGUGGCGGAGUCUGGUCAAGUCACCUUCCGCGUGUACGGUCCCGCAGAGGCAAUGAAGGAUGGCUCUUACUCUUACCCAACAGUUGAAUGGAUUCCUGCCGUCAAGGUGUGA